ACACACACACACACGCACACGCAAACAAUGAAAGUUCUCGUCGCCUCCGAUCUCCGAGGGUGUACUCGACGGCUGGUCGCCCUGCAAAAGUAUCUCCACACCGGCAAGGGAGCCGAUGUCGACAUCCUGGUCCUCAAUGGGUCGCUCUUCCCCCCGACGGUGGAGGCCUGCCAGGCCUCGACGACCUUUCUCUUCCCGGGAUCGCGCGACGCGGCCAACGCGUCCGGCAGCGAUGCCGAGGACGCCGAGCAGUAUGACCCGGCCGAGUGGGAGAUGCUUGGCGAUCCUGCCGGGGGCAGCUUCUUCAUCCGACCGCGGCGAUCGACCGACGCGGCAUCCCCCGCGGCCUCUCCCUCGCCAAUCUCCCCGGCCUCGGGUGCCGCCCUUCCCAAGCCCGAGUCCGACCGUCGGGUGGUGAUUGAUGCUGCGGCCGAGGCCGCCCUGGCCAUGGCCGACAUCAUGUCGCUGAGCACGGCGCCGGCCAGCAUCAGCGCCGCUGCCGGAGACGCCGAUGAUGCCGCUGACGCCGCUGACGCCGCUGACGCCGACCGCGGCGAUGGCGCCAGCGACAGCAGCGACGACACCCGCGAGCCGGCGGACUCCCCCUCGACCGAUGACUUUGCCCGGCAGCUGGCUGCAUCCGGCCCGGGGGAUGCCCUGUCGCCCGGUGGUCGCCUUGGCCGAGCCCAGCUCCUGUGGUUUGUGACGGUCUUCGCGCAACUGCUCCGCCGGUGGGCCCGGCUGUCGGUGCUCCUCUCGCCCGGGGGCUUCGGCGAUCACCCGGCCGCGGUGCGUCUGGCCACGCGCUAUACACAUGCCCUGGUGUCCCUGGACCAUGUUCACUGGCUCGGCCUCGGGGGAUAUGCCGAGCUGCUGCAAAUGACCGGCCGCCGGACUCCGGUAGUUUGGCAGUCGGAGCGCCUGCUGUCUGUGCUGGAGGGCGACUGUGUGGCGGUGGGGCUGCCGUCCGGCGGCGGCGCGCGCGAUGCCUGUGACACGGCCAUCCAGCAGCACCUGGCCCGGGGGACUCUGUUUGCCCGGCCGCCGGGGCUCGGCGAGGAGGACGGCCCUGGCCCCGCCGGGCCUGGCGACGAUGCCGGGCCUCGGGCCGGGUCUGGCCGCCCAGGCAAGGGGUCCACCAAGCGUGGUGCCCGGCGUGGCCGGUCCCCCUCGCCGGAGCCCGAGCCGGAGCCCGCGCCGGGAGGUCGUGGUGGGCGGUCCGCUGGCAAGGCGGGCAAGGCGGGCAAGGCCGCCACCAAGCGGGGCGGCCGCCGCGGGCGAUCUCCCUCACCGGAGCCCAGUCCCCCGGGCCCGGGGGCCAGUGCCCCGAGCACCUCCGCGAACUCCAAGUCCCCGCUGGCGGUCAGCAGGGACCCGGAGCAGCAGCGGGAUCUGCUGGACCUGGCUUAUCGCCGGCAGGCGUACUUCGCCGAGCGCGUCGGGGCCCCGGUUUCGGGGCUGGUCCGGGCCUGGCGGGCCACGCACCAGCACCGGGACUGGGUAUUUGGCCGGGGGAAGGCCGGGCGUUCGCGUGGCAAGGCUCCAACCGUGACCGAGCGCCUGGUCAUCGUGGCAUACCCUGGUCGAUUGCCUGGGGCCCCGGUCUCGGGGGAGGCCCAGGCGUCGGGCAGUCAGCUCACCUUCGCCGACUGGGAGCGGCCGGAUUUGCGGCAGGGCGUGGCCGCCGGUGGCGCCGAGCCGGCGGGCCCUUGCGAUCGGUAUCUCGGUGCGGCGGAGACCCUGGCCGAUGCCGGGAGCCCGGCCAGCCGGGUGGAGGUGGCGUAUGCCGGUGCCAAGCAGGCCCUCUCGGCGGCCAUGGCCGCCGGAUCGCCGGCCUUCGAGCGGACGACCGUCACCGGGGGGGCCACUUGCCCCCGGCCGGGGGAUACCCUGCCGGCGGAGUUCCUCCGGACCCUGGCCAUUGCCCCGCCGGAUGUCGGUCCAGGGCAGCAGCUGUGGGUCUUGUCCGGAGGGGCCUCGCCCGGCCGGCAGGUGGCCGCGGCCAUUCGGAACUUCCGACCCCUUGCCACUGUCAUAGGUGGCAGCCUGCCAGCGGCGGGAGGGUGCCCGGGGGAAGUGGCCGAUGCUCCGGCCGGGUCCGCGGGCCAGCCCCCCCCGGGGGCGCCUCAUUUUGUGCCCCCGCCAGUCCUGGCCAAGUGGGAGGACGAUGCGUCGGGCUCCGACACCGAGGAUGCCCUCCUCGCCGGGGACUUCACCGCACUUUGGAUCAACUGUCGGAAUCCCCAGUCGGCGCGACCGGUCAAGAUUGAUCUUGCCCUGGCGGCUGAGUAUCUGGCCCCCGGCCCGGUGGCCCAGAUGGACGCCGGGCUUGGUGACAGCGAGUCCGGCGGUGAGGACCAUUCCCCGGAGUAGUGUGUGCCCCUUCCGGUCGCUGGAUGCAACAGCCCGGGACGUCCCUCGGGGGGUGCAUCCCCCCGGUGAUCGUAAUGGACAGAUGCCUCUUUCGGGUGAUGGACA